AUGCGUCAUGCUGUCCGCGACAUGACGCACGAAAGUUUGGCUUCAUUUCAAUUCGCUUCCAACUUUUGUGCAGGAUUCAUCAGCUUCGACAAUCCCACCAGCGCUCAAAACGCCAUCCAAGCGAUGAACGGCUUCCAGAUCGGCAUGAAGCGGCUCAAAGUGCAGCUAAAGCGCCCCAAGGGUGAUUCAACCAAGCCGUACUGA